GUCCGCAACAACACGUGAACCGGUCAACACCGUUUUCAAACUGCCGCGCUCUGCACAUGCAUCAGAAAAUUUUCACCCACACUCAGCCACCUCUCUCCAUUCCACGCGCAUCACCAUAGUCUGAGGCUCAAUUAAGCUCGGUUGUACCGAUCCAUCUGUCACGCCAAGCACUUCAACUACUCAUCUCCCACCUGUCGCUCAAUUUCAAGAUGGCUAAGGUCUCGCCUACCGCGGAUAAUGGUCAUGCCAAAGCCCCGACUCUUGGCCCGGACACUGGACGCCAACGACCCCCAGCCACUCCGCCUUACCAAAGUUCAGAAGCCAUCACCGCGCCGGCGACACUCAAUGCCUGCAAAUUCAAUAUCCAAACGACAGCUCGGUCAUUGCCAACCUCCGUCGGACCACCUUCAAAGAGGUUCAUGAGCUUAUGGAUGGCAACGUUAAGUGCGUUCCCUGCAACUAGAUGUAGCAGAGCAACGUGCUGCGAUCCCCAAAACGAAAACAGGCUCCGUUCUGGGAACCUCGGGGAAUCGUGACUGAUAAGGGCAAAGGACAUAGUCCGGCUUGGGGGCUCGGUAUGCCUAACCUUGCACGAUAACAGUUAUAGCGAGAAUCUUCUG